GAGCAGCAGCAGCGCCGCCGCUCAAACGUGGAGGGAAAGACCCGCGGCUCCAUUGUCGCGACGUCCGGUGAAUAUUAUUAUAUAUCCACGGUGCUGUCGACCACCUCCGAGCCGGGAGACAGUGUCCAGGGAGCCGGGAGACAGUGUCCAAGAGCCGGGAGACAGUGUCCAAGGAGCCGGGAGACAGUGUCCAAGGAGCCGGGAGACAGUGUCCAAGGAGCCGGGGAGCUGGUUGAGAAGGACAUUUAAGUGAGAAGAACUGGCCAUCCAAGACGAGUGAGCCGCAGGGCCCGACUUAUUGGCAGCAACAUCAGUGUCCACACCUUAGGAGGAGGGAAUGAAACCGGAUGGGGCUACCAUGGAAUCCACGGAACCCACCGAAGCUGCAGCGAUACCAGAACCAUCCCUGUCACUGGACAAUGUAACAGAGCAGGCAUCAUCUCAACCAGAGGAAGCUGCAAGCGAUGCAGCGGCCGGGCCUGCUCCAAAGACCAGUGGCAAGCCGGUGGCAGCAGAUAUCAAAGUCAAACCAAUAGGUAUUGCAUGUAAAUCACAGCCCAAAACCACAUCUGCAGGGGUUUCUGGAUCCAACACAAGGCCAGGUGCCGCCUCACACCGCACAAGAAAUGACGUCAGUGCUUCUGCAGCUGUGACCAAGAGAACAGCAAGUGCGCCAAAAGCAUCAGCAGCAGGGGCUGUACCUAAGCUGUAUCCAAGACCGUUGGGUGGAGCAGCACCUUCCUCAACGUUCAAGAACCAAACCAGAGUUGCUGACAAGAAGCCUGCUGGACCCACCAGGACUACCUCUGGUGCUGCUGCCACAGCAACAAAUGGUACCAAACCAACAACAGUGAAUGUUCCUCCUAAGAAGAAACCUGUGGCUGAGACUGUUAAUCUAGCAAGACCCAAAACCACAGCAUUUACCAGCAGGUCAGCAGCGUCCACUGCCCCUAAACCCAGCACUUCAACCACCACAAGAGCUGGUGGUGCUCUUGCUCCAAGGACCACAAGACCGACUACCGCUCCCUCAACCGCUCGACCUGCACCCACCACAUCCAGGCCCACCACGGCCAUAACCAGGCCCUCCGCCACUGCAACUGCUAAAACUGCUGCUUCAAGAGUCACCGCAGGGCCCUCUACUGGCAGGAGCACAGCAGCACAGCCUCCCAAAGCAGCCACUGCAGCUAAGAAAGAUGUUGGUCGACAACCUUCCGCUACAGGAGUUAAAAAACCUGCAAAUGCUAUAACAUCAGCCGCUACCAAAAAACCUGAAUCCUCAAAACCCACCGCUGCCACGAAGCUCAACUCUGCAUCCAAAUGUCCUGCAGUAGCAACAGACUCCAAGGUGUCCCGGCCCGCUAAACCUCCUGCAACAAAACCAGCCACGACUGUUAGGUUCCCUGCCCUCAACAACCCCCCCCUCGGUCGAGCCCCACCUUCCUCUCCAGCUGGCAGACCUGCAAACGGCAGCACCUCUCUGUCAAAACGUGGAACCAAACCCACCCAGGCUGUCCCCCCCUUCACUUCUGUUAGGAAGACAGGGCUUUCAAGUACAACCACAGCUGAUAGACAAGCACAGAGAGCUGCCAGAGCAGAGGUAGCAGCUGCCACAGCAUCCACUGUUCUCGCAGAAACACGAGCAGAGGCUGCAGUGACCUCACCACACGAAUCCUUACUUGCUGCACCGGAGGAGGUCACUCCCCCUGUCUUGGCUCAGGAUCCCCCACCAGAGGAGCUUCCUCAAGACGCUGUGCAGAGCCAUGCCGCUGGUCCCUCUCCUCCGCAAAGCCCCAUCAGGACGGCCCUACCAGAAACCUCUCCACCCCAAGACCAGCUGGAAAGCAGUGCUUCCUCAGUCCCAACGCAGGGGCAGGUCCCUGCAGAGCCUGCAUUACCUGUGGCCUCCCCUCCAAACCUAUGUGAAGAUCCUGUUUACUUGUUCUCAAACCAAACCCCCUCUACAUCGAAAGCUAUCCCAGCUGCAACGAAUGUCAUCCCUCUGAUAGUUCCUCCCAUCAAUCUAAAUGAGGAGGAGGAUGAAGAGGAGAGGGAAGGCAGCCAGCUGGUUUCUCUGUCUGAAAUGAGUGGGACCACACAGCCGACAGAGGAGUCCCGCCCGGGCUCAGCUGGACCUGUGGCGGGGUCUGCUUGGCGAGCCGGUGGCGCCUUGUUCUCUGAGCUGGACUCUGAAGAUGUAAGCGGCAGCCAGCAGGGUGCGUCCGAGUUGAGCGCCCCUGGUGUCCUGGAGGGCACAGAGAGCAUGGACGACCUGGGGGACGGCAGUCUCAAAGGAGCCAUGGACAUGGAAGGAGCCUCGGCGGGAUCUCCCGACUUUGAGAGGGUUCCCGAGAUCCCAGCGAACGACUUCGAUGAGGAUGAAGACGAGGACGACGAUGACAACGAUCGGGUGUGCGAUAUGGAUGUGGGCUCCGAGCGGGCGGAUGAUCUGCAGAGACCCAGGCAUGACAAUGAUGUGAAUGAUGCGGAGGAGGAGGAGGAAGAGGAGGAGGAGGAGGAUGAUGAAGAUGUGGAUAUGGCUAGUGAGGGGGUGACAGAGAGUGGGCUGGAGAGCUAUGGGAACGCUGAUGAGGAUGACUUUGCUGAGGAUGAGAGGCUGGACAACCUGAACAGAGUGGCCCAGCCGCCACCGCCUGCCCCUCCUCUGCUGCCCUCUGCCCCAGCUGCUCAGUGGGACCAACCCAACCCCUUCAUUGAAGCCUGGGCAGAGUCUUUGCAGCCACAGCAGGUUCCUGAGCAUGUCUCCCAGGAAGAAGGAGCAGCAGCAGCAGCGAGCCCUUUGGCCGACCCUUUUCAAGUAGACUCUGAAACCCCAACGCAGGCCCCAGCCCAAGCCUGGCUCGGACUCGGCUCUGCUCCUUUUUUUAUUGACAACCAAGGAGCCCCUCAUCAUUCCUCUGUCGAAGAUGAGCCCAUACAUCUGGACGCCCAAUUGAUGUUGGACCAGUCCAGCCCACUCCCGACGCAGACCAUGGCCCCAGUUCCCCUCUCUGCCCCAGGAAUGUCUCUGUCUAGCACCGUGAGCAGUGAGACCAGCACACCUGACGACCUCUGUGACUACAAUCGAGAUGAGAAGCUCAAGUCACGAAAUGCACUCGCCCCAAUGCUUUCUCCCCAGCCAGACCUGGGCACCCAGAUAAACAGAGGAGAGGAGGAGGAGGAGGAGGAGGCAGAGGAUGAGGCAGAGACCCUGCCAGCUGAUGAAGUCCUGGGAGGACCUGCAACCGCCCCCACCUCCAACCCCUCCUCCUCUUCAGUGACAGAAGACGAGGCCAGCGACACAGAGGGAGAAGCACAACUGGACGACUCCUUGGAAAGUCCAGCGCUCAGCCACUUGACCUUCGACGGCCAGCCGCUAGCGCAGGGCGGCCUGUCCACUGUUGAUGAAGCAGAGGAGGCUGAGGAGGGCAGCGCACGGGGGGACACCACCCCACCGUCGGCAACCUCAUUGGCGUCGUACGGCUUUGACACCAUGACCACAGCUUCAAACUCGAAUGCCCAGUCCACCGGGGAGAGCUGCAUCAAGAGCCCUGGUAUCUUCUCCUUGGAAGAGCUCCCUGAGGAGGCCAAGGAGCCCGGGCUCACCCCACAGCCCCUCACCCAGGCGGGCCUGGCAGAGCAGCAGUACAUAGAGCACCGCCAACUGGAAGCAGGGUCAACUGAGUUUGUCCGGGGGAAUGCGCCUGGGUUGGAUGAAGCCCCGGACGUUUUGUCCACUCCGUGCACUUUGCAGAAACCAGAGGAAAACCCAGAUGACAUCCAGCCUGCCUACUAUUCUGCUAUCUGUGAAAAGACUGAGAACUCUUUUGCAGGCUUCACUGCACUACCGCACCGCCGCGAGCACGCAGCGUACCCCAGAACCUACUGCGACAUGGUCAAGCCUCUCUGCGCCGCCGCCGCCGCCUCGCCAAAGCUCACCUGUGCCGACCUCCCGCCGAGGAGUCUCCGGCAGCAGGCGCUGAGCCCGCAGCUCCGCAGGCUGGAGCAACACCAGAGACACCUGCUGGAGAUGCAGCAGCGCAGGGAGCAGCAGAACAUGCCGCUGGAGGAGGCCGAGCAGGAGAGGAAGAGGAGGGAGGAGGAGGAGCUGAGGAGGAAGAAGGACGAGGCAGAGGAAGAAAUCAAAAGGAAUAAAGAGCAGGAGAAGAAAAGGGAGCAGGCAGAGGAGGAGAUGAAGUUGAAAAAAGAUGAGGAGAGGAAGACGAGAGAGCAGGCCGAGAUGACGAAGAGGGAAGAGGAGGAGCUGAAGCAGAGGAGAGACUUGGAAUUGCAACUGCAGGAGCAACAACAGGAGCUGAAGCAGAGGCAGCAGAUCAUGCAGUGGCAACAAGAGCUGCAACAGUCGAGUCCAGGUCAGACCGUGCUGCUGUCCCCCUCCUCUGGGCUCUGCACCAUCUAUGAGGCUCUUGAGAACAGUGAUGAAGAGGAGGAUGAAGAUGAAGAAGAGGGAAUAAACCAGCUGAAUCCCUCUAAAGAGAAGAAGCCCAAGAAAGAGACGACAAAUUUAAAGAUAGUCAGCGACUUUGAAAGAGUGAUUUCAGAUACAGAAAAACAUCAAGACUCUUUGCCAUCAACCAACAACCACCCAGAAGCCCCCGAGACACCCAGCCCUCCCUCCCAGGAUGAUGACAGCUCCUCCCCUUGCCCCCCCGAGUCCCCGGAGCGACCUGCACCCCUGGACCUGGACUGGGGCAAGAAAGUGGACAUAGUCCAGCAGCUGAUCAAUCAGACCCUGCUGCUGAACGGAGACGGCUGCUCGUCCUUGCUGCGGAUGGCGGGGUGUGCAGGAGGCACCCUGAGCCCCCUGGAGAGCAGCCUGUGGCCCACCCUGCUGCCCCCCCUCACCCCUCCCUCUGCCACCGUCACCUCCGUCAGUAGUUUCUCUCCAGAGGCGACUGGAAGCUCGCCACAGGGGGAGUGGACAGUGGUCGAGCUGGAGACGCAUCACUGAGGAGCGAGUGUGUGAUUUAACUCUCCGCUACUGUUACACAUCGAUAACACACACACACACACACACACACACACAGGGAUGAUGACACACUAGCUUUCUACUCGCACACAUAAACAGGGUGAUACACAUGUUUUCUCAGCCCACUUUAUCUCCCUUAAUUGUUACCAUACACACAAUUAAGCAAAUGAGUUCUGAGAACAGCUGUAAAAGAUGAAGUAAAUGUUUGCACUGGGAAAAACUAAUUCCCAGAACAAAUUACAUCACCUGUUAAAAGAAGAUAGACUACAUCACUUAGAUGACCAUCGUAUUGUAAUGAAGGUCGCAAAUCUCAUUGGAAAGUAUUUUAGAAAAAUAACCACAUGAGACAAAUCAAUAAUUGUUUUCGCAAUUUACAAAAAAAAUUUAGGGAAGGAUCAAAUACUGCCCAGUCCUGUAGAUCUGUAAACCUGUGGUGCUGUGGAUCAGUGGGUCUCAACCAAAUCUUUAAGUGGUCGAGAAAGAAUUAUCAAGAUUAAAGAGCAGCAAAAUAGAUGUAUAUAUUUCAGGCUUUCCCGAUAAGUGCUU